AUGAUGAAAAUUUCUAAUAAGAAAUAUCAAAAUCUUCAAGACAGGAAAUUUGGCAAAGAUUUUUUAAUUAUUGUUACACGUGUGGAGUUACAAUUGGAAUGGGGUGAAGUUGAGGCUUUUAUGAAAGAAGCAGACACCCAAAAUUUCCAGAGCAUCGAUCUAGAGGAGGACUAUAGCUCGGGAGAUCGAGCGCUAGUGAUUUCAGGACUUACGACUUAUCGAGAUACACGAGGUACUAGUGACGACCGCGGGAAGGCGCCGGCUUGA